GUCACCUGAAGGUGACCUCAGUGACUUCCUGAGGUACCAACCAUUCCUGCUUCAGAGUAUGUUCUCUGUAGUGUAGUGAUUCCGUGGAAGGAGAGGGGUUAAGAGGAGCUCACUAACCCCUCCUUCCCAUUGCCAGAUGCCUGAGGUUAGGGAGGGUGAGGACAAAUUAGCCAGUGGAGCAAACACCCGGGGUAGGGGUUGGGAGGAGGAGCAGAAAGAAAUCACAGACGGAAAGAGAAGACAGGCAGGAUCCGUCUCUCACCCCUUCCCAAGCUGCCUGCCAGUGAAUCUCCUUGGCUGCCAGUGCAGUGGGAGCCAUCAUCUACUGCUGGACCGGGUGUCUCAGAUUCUUCAAGAUCAUGGUCAUAAUGUCACCAUGCUUCAGCAGAGAGGGAAUUCGUUAAUACCAGAUUUUAAAGGGAAGGAAACAUCAUACCAAGUUAUCCCUUGGCUCCCACCUGAAGAUUAUAACAAAGAAUUGAAGAAUAAUAUAGAAUUUUUUCUUGAAGAAGCUUUGGUUGACAGAAACACAUUUGGAAACUUUUUAAAACUUAUGGAGGUCCUGGCUCUUCAAUGCAGCCAUUUUCUAAGGAGAAGUGAUAUCAUGGAUUCCUUAAAGAAAGAGAACUUUGACCUAGUGAUAGUUGAAAAUUUUGACUACUGUCCUUUCAUCAUUGCUGAAAAUCUUGGAAAACCAUUUGUGUCCAUUCUCUCUUCCUUGUUUGGUGCUAUAGAUUUUGGACUACCAAGCCCUCUGUCUUAUGUGCCAGUAUUUAAUUCUUUGCUAACCGACCACAUGGACUUCUGGGGCAGAGUGAAAAAUGUUCUGAUGUUCUUUGAUUUUACCAUGAAGCAGAGGCAAGUCCAGUCUACAUAUGAAAACACCAUCAAGCAACAUUUUCCAGAAGGCUCUAGGCUGGUUUUGUCUCAUCUUCUGGAGAAAGCAGAGCUGUGGUUUGUUAACUGUGACUUUGCCCUUGAAUUUGCUAGGCCGUUGCUUCCCAAUACUGUGUAUGUUGGAGGCUUAAUGGCCAGACCUGUUGAACCAGUACCACAAGAAUUUGAGAAUUUCAUUGCCAAGUUUGGAGACUCUGGUUUUGUCCUUGUGGGCCUGGGCUCCAUGGUGAGCACCUUUCAAACCCAGGAACUCCUCAGGGAGAUGAACAGUGCCUUUGCUCAUCUUUCUCAAGGAGUCAUAUGGAAGUAUAAGCCAUCUCACUGGCCCAAAGACAUCAAUUUGGCAGCAAAUGUGAAACUCGUGGACUGGCUUCCUCAGAAUGACCUCCUGGCUCACCCACGCAUCCGUCUUUUUGUCACCCAUGGUGGAAUGAAUAGCAUAAUGGAGGCCAUCCAACAUGGUGUGCCCAUGGUGGGGAUUCCCUUCUUUGGAGACCAGCCAGAAAACCUGAACCGAGUAGUAGCCAAAAAGUUUUGUGUCUCUAUCCAGUUAAAGCAGAUAAAGGGAGAGACAUUGGCUGUGAAGAUGAAGCAAGUCAUAGAAGACAAGAGGUACAAGUCAGCAGUGGUGGCUGCCAGCAUCAUCAGGCACUCCCACCCCCUGCCCCCUGCCCAGAGGCUGGUGGGUUGGAUUGACCACAUCCUCCAGACAGGGGGUGCGGCCCACCUCAAGCCCCAUGCCCUGCAGCAGCUGUGGCACGAGCAGUACCUGUUGGAUGUGGUUUUGUUCCUGCUGGUGGUCACCCUGGGCACCCUGUGGCUCUGUGGGAAGCUGCUGGGCAUUAUGGCCAGGUGGCUGUGUGGGGCCAGGAAGCUGAAGAAGGCCUGAUGGGGGGCAGCCUUGAUGAGUGUUUGGGGAGCCACUGGUUCUAGAAGGCUUCCCCUAGCACAGGACGGCCCUUGUGUCAUCCCCAUAUUGGCCCUUGAUGGUGACACAUAAAUUGCUCUUCACUAUUUUCUGCCUCUCUUUAAAAAUUCUUCUGAAACA